UGCUAACCGUUGGUUUCACACAGCGCUCAUCUCCUCCGUGGCAUCCCCGUUUAUCUCAAGUCCUCAAAUGUACGACUUCCACCGUCGGCAGUGGGAGAGGAUAUCGAGGCCUGGUUUGUGUUGCGGUACAUGUUAACAUGAGGAUAAAAAGAUAAAAACAGCGACCUCUUUAAGUUAAGUUAAAAGAAGGUGGGGUGAUGAUGUUUGCUGUUGACUGAAGUCCACUCUGAGAAAACAAAAUGAAGGGGAGGCUGCUUCGUGGUUUCCUCUCGGAAAUUUCCAUCCGGAUAGCGUUGCUGGUGGUGUUCCUUGUGACAGAGCGGCUUCCUCCUUUCUACCGUGAGAUCCAGCCAGAGGAGAUGUGGUUGUAUAAAUUCCAUCGUGUGGAUAAUGACCAUGUGCCCACCUUUCUCAUGUUUAGCGUGGCAGUUUUCACCCCGCUGAUUGUAAUCGUGGUUUUCACCUCCAUGAAGAGGGCAGAGCGAGGGGAUAUGAAAGAAGCCUCCCUGGCUGUGACUCUGACUCUGGUGCUUAAUGGAGUUUUCACCAAUGUCAUCAAACUUGUUGUUGGCAGGCCACGACCAGACUUCUUCUACCGCUGUUUCCCAGACGGUCAGAUGAACCUGGAGCUGCGCUGCAGCGGUGACCCAGAUGUUGUCAUGGAGGGCAGGAAGAGCUUUCCCAGUGGACACUCUUCCUUUGCCUUUGCAGGUUUGGGUUUCACAGCACUUUACAUCGCAGGAAAGCUGCGCUGCUUCAACGCAGUGGGCCAGGGCAGAGCGUGGCGGCUGUGUGCCUUCCUCACCCCUUUGCUCAUCGCGACUGUGAUUGCCCUCUCCAGAACCUGUGACUACAAACACCACUGGCAAGAUGUAUUAGUGGGUUCUCUCUUGGGUCUCGCCUUCGCCUGGCUGUGUUACAGACAACACUACCCUCCACUUCAGGACCCCGACUGCCACAGACCUCUGCGCCACAGAGAGACUGUUCCUGCCGCACAAGAACGCAAGCUGGCCAACUCCAACUACAUCCUGCCCCUGUAGAACAGCUGUAACCGGCAAAUACUCUUAACUGGUGUAGUUUAUACUGGGUUACAUGGUAAUCAUUCUAAUUCUGGUUUUCACACCCUUAGGGCUGGGCAGUAUAUCAGUAGUUAUUGUUUGUCGUCGAUCAUUGUAAAUGUAUUGUGGGAGUUUUUCUUUUUGUAUGGUGGCGCACGGUUUGCUUUCUAAACUGAAAUUACAAACUCAUCACCGAGUCAGAUUUCUAUUGAAUGGUUUCUGAAACACUUGAGAGUUGCGGAAAAUAACAACUACAUUUUAACAGUCCAGUGUGGUGGACAUCAGCCACACUGUCAGCCUGAAGCGUGUGUUUCCAAAUCCUAGAAUGAUGUCAUUAAUUACCGGAUGUUUCAGUGCUGGAGGUCAUGACAUCGUUUUCCAUAUGGCCCAGCCCCCACACACCCUGUGUAUUGUGCCUAUAGAUCACAUGACUUUAAAUACUCACAACAGCUGAGCCAGUCAACGACACAAGCACUGCACUAAUAGUCCACUGCCCAUCAAUCUCUGGCUCAGCUGCUGUGACAGUUUCUCGUGUAGGGGCACUAUUUUGUGAUUGUUUUGUAAAUUUGCAACUUUAUAAUAUGUAAUUUAUCAGAGGGAAGCAGGGGAAGUAAGAGGUGUUGAUAUGGGCUGUUCAUAUCUGAAAGGGGUGGGUGACAUGGAUAAAAUCUUUUGUCAUGGUAUAUGUUCUUGUAUAUCAUGAUAUAUUUUGUGUGAAAAAUGAUUAAUGGGUAAAAUAACCAGACAGAUUGUCUGUGAAAAUUAAGAACAUGAAUUCAAGAUACUUCAUCACGCUGAUGCUACAGUCAGAAGAAAAUUUUACAUUGCCAUCAAGUAGUCCAGCUUAGUGGUUUACAGCAAUACCUGUAAUGACCUCACACAAUCAGAGAUAUAAAAGCAUAAAGCUGGCAGUAUUCUAUAUUUUUCUUAUUGUCAAAGCCCACAAUGUGUUAAUAUGUCUCAGAAUACUUUGACUUUCCAAUGGUGUCUGUGGCACUCUGCCUCAAACACAUUCACUCCUCUUUAAUCUUUAAAAAAAAAGUCAUGAAAUGUGUUGUUUUAAUGUUUAAAGUAGGAUUAAAGAACCCCUUAAACAGCUGGGCACCGCUCUUUUUAGCAAACAUUCCAGUGCUGUAGUAGUCUAUGGCACAUAGAAAUAGUCUGGCUUCAGCUACAAAGGCAGUUGGGUUUUGGUCUUUUCAUGAGGCUAUGAUAUGAUGAAUAAGGAAAAUAUGGAAUAUUUGUAUUUUAUAGUUAGAUAGUUACCACAGUAUAAACAUCUAAAUUUUAUAUGUUAUCUCAGUAUAUACUGUCACAUCACCCACCCCUUUCUAAAAGUAACCACCUCAGUUACAUUCAAAGGCAGGUCAAAAACAACUUUGUCAGCUUUGCAUCUUUAGUCGCUGCAGUUUUGCUGUGCUGCCUCCAUCUCGAGUGCUUUAAAUCUCUCUGUCUUCCUCUAGUGUAUCAUGAAUGUUUCCAUUCACAGACAAGUCCAGUCCUCAGUGUAAUAUCCCGAUGUAGCAGUUCCACUCAACUCUCCUCACAGUUUUUGCAGUGCCUGCUGUAUUUUAAUCCUUUACGACAAACACAGUCGAUGAACUAACUGGACAGCACAUCUACUAAUAUCAUCACAGGGUUCAUAUGACUGUAAAACAACUAUGAGAUAAGUGUUUUUCCUACAUCAGUGGUCUCAGGCUUAAUGUAGGUCUGUUUUUUGUCACUGCACACUCUUCUGGCUCCGCUGCCAACUCACCUGAAGUGAGUCGAGAGAGGAAGUGUACAGGGGUUGGGUUUUUUGUCAUUACAGCGGAGCCGGAUCUUUCUGAUCAACCUGAGUGGGGUUGGACUAUAACCUCUCCAGGUGAUGGUGCUAGCCUCCCAGCGCUCCUGCUGGUCAGGUUUUCUACCCUGUUAAUAGUUUUGUUGGCAUGUGAAGUUUGGUGGUUUGUUAUUUUUCUCUGGAAGUCUUCACCUACUUUCAUUUAAGUGAGUGAAUGCUUAUGAGAAUGCUUGAAUGCAGAGUUUUGCUUAUUUGUGAUCUCUCUGUUUUCCGUUUUAUCCCAUAAUUAUUUUGCUUUUGCGUAGGAAAAAGGUGUAAAAAUUUACUUUGGUGUGACUGUUUAAUGCAGGUUGAAACAUGAGAGACAACCAAACCUCCUCUUUUUUUAUUUGCUUGGGAAACCAGCCAAAGUUUUGCUGGGUCAAAGCACUUUUUGCUCAUUGCUGUGAAUCAAGCUUAAAGUGGCUGGAUCGCAGCGGUUUCAGACCAAACUUGGCAGAAAAAAAACAGAUGAAUUUGUGCCUUUGUUUACUACAUUGCUUUAUGGCUCUCUGUCAAUGAAUGGAAGAUAUACUGCAUGUAACAGUGUAUGCUCUCUGUCACGUUAAUUUUGUUUUGAAUCUUUACUUUUUUAUUGCUUUACAGUGUAUAGGAUUCAUCUGUGAAGAUACUUCAUGAUGUUUAAAUGUGGCAUGCUGCCUUUCUUUACCUCAGAAAAAACUUGUUCAUUUAUUUUCCAUUAAUUUAAUUGUCAAUGUGAAGAUUUCUGUAGGGAAAGUGUAAAAUUUAUAACUGAGGGACAACACAAGAGGAGGAAAAAUCUCACUUUUUACAGACCUUUGAGAUAAAUAUCUUUAAUUUACUUGGUCAAUCUUACAGGUAUUUAUGAGAUGAUGUACAGGACUAGGUGUAUUUAAUUCUGGGGCAUGUAGGAGUUUACUUGAAAUUUGAAUAUUUGUUUGUUUACCUUAAAUGUGAUAAUGUUAUUUCAUGAAAAUAGGAACCAUAUUUGUUGUGGGCACAUGGGUUUAAGGGCACCUUUCAGACAAAAAAAGGUUCAUUAGACUCUGCUGCAUUUUUUUAAAAUCCUGCAUGUUUCACAGCUACAUUGCAUUAUAUUUUCCUCAUUACAUCCUUCCAAAUCCUGACAUUUCCAUCCAUUUUUGAUUAUGAUUAUCAGUACAUGUAUACUGUAUCCGGUUGUUGAUCAUGUCUGCUCUGCUUCAAAUCUGCUGUCAUGAUGAGGAAUUCUAUGAAAACAUAUUUGUUUGCAUUAUUUAUGUCAUGCUCAUCAUAAUUUGCCUUGGCUUGUAGGACCAUACAGCAGCCACUCAUGCUGAUACAGUAUCCUGAUUGUACAUGUUGUGAUGCUUUUAAUGGAUCUUUAGGUGGCACUAAAUAAUGUUUCUAAAUAAUCUUGCAGUA